CUGGCAGGUAACCCGCUCGUCUCCUGUCUGAUCCCUGUUUUGAGUAAAAUGUCUGAAGCUUCUGGAUUCUGUCAAAUACUUCAGGGUCAUCCUCAGAUGUUUCACCAGGUCACCAUGUGUAUCCAGCUCAGUAUGGCGGACAGUAGAAGUUGCACUGUUCCCAAAUCUCUUUAAGUUCAUCAAAGCAGUGGGUGAAUUCUUCCCAAAGAGCAAAUGAUGCACGCUGCAAGCUGAGUGUGCGUGUAGUGUGAGCGAGAGUCAUUGGUGUGUGUGUGUGUGUGUGAAGAGAGAGAGAGAGAGACAUAGACUGAGCCCCUAACACGGAGCAUGCCUCUGCGUCCGGCAGCCGGCAAACAUGAGCCACCCAGCCCUCCACGGCAGGACCAGCAGCACCAGCACACACACACACACUCACACACACUCACACACCCUUACACACACACAGCAAACGGCAGCCAGGGGGCCAGCACUGACAGCAGCAGCUCCCGGGAAGAGGACAGCGGCGUUCCUGUUCCUGUCGGUGUUCCGGCUUUCUGUCCCAGUGCACAGCGGAGCCACAGUGCAAGAGCACCCAUGGAGGAACCCACAGGCAAUACUGUGGUCAUCCGCAUUGGUAUCCCAGACCUACAACAGACGAAAUGUAUGAAAUUCAAUGUGGAUGCUCCUAUCUGGCUGUCCAAGCAACGAAUCCUGUGCACUCUUAACCACAGCUUGAAGGAUGUCCUUAACUAUGGCCUAUUCCAGCCGGCUUAUAAUGGCAAGGCUGGCAAAUUUCUGGACGAGGAGAGACAGCUAAGGGAAUACCCCUUCCCAUCCAUCGCUCCUGUACCUUACCUGGAGUUCCGCUAUAAAAGACGUGUCUACACUCAGACUCACCUGGAUGAAAAGCAGCUCUCAAAGCUCCACACCAAGGCAAACUUGAAGAAGUUUAUGGAGUAUGUGCAGCAGAGAAACAUUGAAAAGGUUUCAAGGUUCCUGGAGAAAGGCCUGGACCCAAACUUCCAUGAUCCAGACACAGGAGAAUGUCCUUUAACACUGGCGGCACAGCUGGAUGGAUGUGCAGAGCUCAUCAAGGUGCUCAAGAGUGGAGGGGCACAUGUGGACUUCAGAACAAAAGAUGGCAUUACUGCUUUACACAAGGCUGUGCGCAGCAAAAACCAUACAGCGCUUAUAACGCUGUUGGACUUGGGCGCAUCACCUGACUAUAAAGACAGCAGGGGGUUGACUCCUCUCUACCACAGCUCGAUGGUUGGAGGAGACCCCUACUGCUGUGAGCUGCUGCUGCACGAUCACGCCCAGGUCGGCUGUGUGGAUGAGAAUGGCUGGCAGGAGAUACACCAGGCAUGCCGCUAUGGCCAUGUACAACACCUGGAACAUCUGCUGUUCUACGGAGCUGACAUGAGUGCUCAGAAUGCAUCUGGAAACACUGCGCUGCACGUGUGUGCUCUCUACAACCAGGAUAGCUGUGCACGAGUUCUCCUGUUCCGAGGGGCAAAUAAAGAGAUGAAGAACUACAACAGCCAGACUGCCUUUCAGGUGGCUAUCAUCGCAGGAAACUUUGAUCUGGCUGAAAUCAUAAAAGUCCACAAAGUAUCAGACGUUGUACCUUUCAGGGAGACCCCCUCCUACACCAACCGUCGACGUAUGAUUGCUGGCCCCCUGCCCUCACCACGCUCUUUACUCCGCUCUGCGAGUGACAACAAUCUGAAUGGGGACCACGAUCACAUCCACAGUCAGGCCCCCCGAGAAAUUCGCGGUCGUCCAGGUCACUCCCCGGUCCCCUCACUGCGCAGUCUGCCAGCUUUUGGGCAGCAACACAGCAGCUUCGGAGAGAGCCGUCAUGGCGAGAUGCCUGACACCAGUCUCCAGAGUACCGGCAGCUCUAGAUCCUCCCAUUCACGUUCGCCUUCACUACAUCACAUGCAUGAAGAGGACAAGCCGAUUCCCAGAAGGUCCCACAGCCAUGGCUACCCUCACGGAUACGGCCCUCGUGGUAGACUCAGCCCCGGCUCAGUGCAGCGAGAUCCGAGCCCCCCUCAUCACACACCUCCAGCACUGACAGGCCCCCGCGGGCCCAAACGGAAACUCUACAGUGCUGUCCCAGGACGUACCUUCAUCGUGGUCAAGCCUUACACGCCACAGGGGGAGGGAGAAAUCCAACUCAACCGUGGAGAGAGGGUCAAAGACUAUGACUGUAAUGACGUAGAAGGUAAACUCCAUAAUAUUCUUCUCACCCUGUAUCUCUCCUAUAAAUCUCAGUCCAUACCAGAGGAGCAUCUGUAUGAUGAGAUCAGACUGGCUGACAUCCUGUGCAAUGAGGACGAUGAGGAUUGCACGAAUGACGUUAAUGGUGAUGAUGAUGAUGAUGAUGAUGAUGAACAUGAAGAGACUCGGGAGGACCGCACUAAGAGACUGUUCAGACACUACACUGUGGGAUCCUACGACAACUUCACCUCAUACAGUGACUAUAUCAUAGAGGAGAAGAAUGCUGUUUUGCAGAAAAAAGAAAAUGAAGGAUUUGGCUUUGUCUUGCGAGGAGCCAAAGCUGAGACGCCCAUUGAAGAAUUCACGCCAACCCCAGCAUUCCCUGCCCUGCAGUACCUGGAGUCUGUGGAUGUGGAGGGAGUGGCCUGGAGGGCUGGUCUGAGGACAGGAGACUUCCUCAUUGAGGUAAAUGGGGUAAAUGUAGUGAAGGUGGGCCACAAGCAGGUGGUGUCCUUGAUCCGGCAAGGGGGCAACAGGCUGCUGAUGAAGGUGGUGUCUGUCACACGCAAACCCGAGUCUGAGGAAGUCAUUCGUAAGAAAGCUCCCCCACCACCCAAGAGAGCUCCUAGCACCACCCUGACACUGCGCUCCAAGUCCAUGACCGCUGAGCUCGAGGAACUGGCUUCUGCUCGGAGGAGAAGAGGAGAGAGACUAGACGAGAUGUUGGCAUCCCAGGAGUCCAUGUUACGUUCUCAGCCCUCGGAGGCAGAUUACAGAGCAGCCACUGUCAAACAGCGGCCUACCAGCAGGAGAAUAACACCAGCAGAAAUCAGUUCACUGUUUGAGAGACAGGGGAUGACUCUACAUGGAGGACUUCACCCAGGCAUGGAGAGAGGUCACAUACCACUACCAAAGGGGAUGUCCAGGACCAAGUCUUUUGGUGCCACUGAGGAGGAUCGACUGUCUGCCCUGGCAGGCGAGCACCGAUUUCCCCGUAGUUCCUCUAUGACAGACAGCCUCCGAGACCACUCACAGCCCCAUCCCAUCCCUCCACCUCCACAGACAGCGCCUCCUCCUCCUCCUUAUUACCUAGACACUGGUCCUCCCCCAGCCUUUUGCCCCCCUCCUCCCCCAUCUAGGACUCAGAGUCAGGGUCAUGAGCCUGGAGGACGCUCCAGCUUUAAGCCCUCCUCCUUGGACCUGCCUUACGAGGCCGCUCAGCGGCAGGCCACACACAUUGAGAGACAGAAAAAAGCCCGCUCCAUGAUCAUCCUCCAGGACUCUUCCCAUCUACCCGUAGAACCUACAGAAAUUCCCCGACCCUCUGCUGCUACUCCACCUGAGCGCAUCAAAAGGAAGGGUCGGGUUAUUGACAACCCUUAUGCUAAUGUUGGUCAAUUUAGUAUUGGACUGUACACACCUACCAAGCCCCAGAGGAAGAAAAGUCCCCUGGUGAAACAACUACAGGUGGAAGAUGCACAAGAAAAAGCUAGUUUGGCCUUAGCUGCUGCCCACUCCCGAGACAGCUCACCCUCAGGACGACACCAACAUACCCAUGGGCACACACACACCAGCCGUGCAGACUACUACCAGCAGCAGCUGAUGGCGGAGCGAGAACGUAUGCGUGUCCAAGGAGAGAUGAUGUUUCAGGGUAAGGGCCCCUUCGCUGCAGCAAUUGCUGGAGCAGUAAAAGAUCGUGAGCGCCGCCUAGAAGAACGGAGGAAAUCCACAGUCUUCCUUUCUGUUGGUACUAUGGAGGGGGCAUCUUCCACCAGCUGUGAUGCCCCCUCUCUGACUCAGUCUCACUCCAUCGAUGAGCGAUUGCUCACCAGAGAGCUGGGUCAGCUGCCUCCCCCUGCCUUGGCCCUGAGCCCCUCACCUAGUGGGACCACUUUCAUUCAUCCGCUCACAGGAAAACCCCUGGACCCCAACUCACCACUGGCUCUUGCGCUGGCCGCAAGGGAGAGGGCACUGACCUCCCAAAGCCAGUCCCCAACUAGCAGCCCAGAGCCUAGGACUAAACAGGAGCGGGUAGGCCAGGGCAUAAUAUUCAUUGACACUCAGACCAAAGAGUCUCCACAUGAAGGGGCACCCACAUCUCCCCCUUUCUCCCCUAAAAGCACUAAGGCAGCAGGGUAUGGAGUUGGAUCCUCCCCAGCAUCAAUUUUAGUUCACCAGCCCACUAAACAACAGUGGGCCCCAUCACCGUCACCUGUAUCAUUCCGGCAGGAGAUGGAGGCCAGAGUAGAGGAGAGAAAGGAGGAGAAGAGACUAGAAGAUAAAAAAAGUAUGUUGAUCAGUAUUAUGGAUACAUCGCAGCAGAAGACAGCAGGACUAAUUAUGGUUCAUGCCACCAGUAAUGGCCAGGCUGUUGGGGUGGGUUCAGAACUAGAACAGACCCCUGCCCCAGCCUCAAUUGAGCCAAGCAAAUCUCCAAGUCCACGGGCUAAAUCUCCCAUUCCCACAGCCUCCCAGCCUAAGGUCCUGCCUCAAACUCAGCUUCCUGCCAGUCCUGCCCAAGAGAAGAGUCUGGUUCAGGGAAGCUCCGAGGAGGAUGUGGAUCCGUACACAGUGACCCUUCCUCCGGUAAUGUUGUCCUCAAGUGAUGAGGAAACAAGAGAGGAGCUACGGAAGAUUGGAGUCGUACCACCACCAGAUGAGUUUGCUAAUGGGCUACUGGCACGGGCAAAGGAGACUCCAGUGUCCCCAGCUAAACCUGCCACCCCUCCCACAGCCCCUGCAACACCAACAUCCCAAACUCCCUCUACCCCAACAACCCCAACUGUGACCCCCACCCAGCCUCAGGCUCCCCAGCCCCCACCACCACCCAGUGCAACAGCUGUCUCAGGGAAGACCUCUGACCCUCUGGAGCCCCCACCGGUGGGCGAGUCUGGCUCUGCGGCCGACUCAGGCGUGGAGGAGGCUGACACGCGCAGCUCAAGUGACAGAGAGCGAGACCUCCAUCUUGAGACCACCAGCACCGUCUCCACAGUUUCCAGCAUGUCCACGUUGUCCUCAGAAAGCGGCGAGCCUGCCGACACUCACACCACGCACACCUCCUAUGCCGAAGGACAGACUUUUGUGCUCGACAAGCCGCCAGUGCCUCCUAAGCCUCGACUCAAGUCCCAGUUAGGCAGUAAAGGCCCCGUCACCUUCAGGGACCCUCUGCUGAAGCAGAGCUCUGACAGCGAGCUGCUGUCACAGCAACAGGCUGCUGCCUUGGCUGCUGCUGCGGCUGGAGGAGCUGGGCUCCCCUCAGGUGGUUCCGCCUCAGUGACUGGACUAGCUCCCACCAAGCCGCGCUACCUCUUCCAGCGGAGGUCCAAGCUAUGGGGGGACCCAGUGGAGCCCCGUGGGCCAGGAGUGGGGCUAGGUAUUGGGAGUUUGGGCAAUCUUGGUGGGCUCGGACUGGGGCUGGGUGCAGAUGAGGGAGCAAAACCAUCCGUUAUAGGGGAGCUCAGUUCAAGACUCCAGCAGCUAAAUAAAGACACUAGGUCACUAGGAGAGGAACCACUGGGCGCAUCACUUGACCCAGGGAGGAAGUCACCUGUGGCAGGUGCCAGACUUUUCAGCAGCUUAGGUGAGCUCCACACCAUUUCUCAAAGAAGUUAUGGCACCACAUUCACCAUCCGCCCCGGCAGCCGUUACCCCGUCACCCGACGCACCCCCAGCCCAGGUUCAGGCUCGCCAGAUCGGGGCGACCCUCUUGGAAGAUUUUCAGGCUAUGGCCUGCCCCCCUCGCCAACAACACCACCGCAAACCAUCCUCAAAUCCUCCAGCCUCAGCCUGCCCCAGGAGCCUAAAGAAGUACGCUUUGUCAUGAGGAGCUCCAGCGCCCGUUCCCGCUCUCGCUCCCCUUCCCCGUCACCCUCCCAUUCACCAGGGCUGGGGUCACCACUUUUAGCCCUGCGGCCCUUCCACCAAAAACCCCUCCACCUCUGGAACAAGUACGACGUCGGAGACUGGCUGGAGAGCAUCAACCUGGGUGAGCACAGAGCAGGGUUUCAGGAACAUGAGAUCGAAGGUUCUCACCUUCCAGCUCUGACUAAGGAUGACUUUGCAGAACUGGGAGUGACACGAGUUGGACAUCGCAUGAACAUUGAAAGAGCACUUAAACAGCUGCUGGAGAGCUGACCCCUGCCUGGGGAUAGAGCAACAGUUGGAGAGGAAGACUUGUAUUAAACUGGGAAGAUAUAGAGCUGAUGAAAAGACAGAAAAGAGAACAGAUAAUUACCGCUCCUCUUUUACUCUGGCUGCUUUUAUUUUCUGCAUCACUAAUGUUUACUUGUGGUCCUUAGUGACACUUUUCCUUCCCAUCCUGCAUUAAUACCCUGCACCUGGCACUGCACUGAAGACGAGGAGUCAACACUCUACUCGGCCCUUAGUAUCUGCCCACCUCCUCGCCCACAGCCAAUCAGAUCAGACUUAAAAAUGGGCUCUGUUGUUUCUUUGCCGAGGAGAAUUACACGAGCUCCAAUUUAACUUUUGAUUUGUGAAAGCUUCAGUUGGUCCCUGACUAACACCCACACUUCUCUGUCACUGAUCCCUCCUCUCCUUCUCUACCUCUAUCCCACCAUCCACCAGGCCUCUGAAAGCCUUCGCAGUUUGAGUAAAGGAGGAGGAGGAAGAGAUUUUGUUCCAAACAGAGAGCUCAGUUGCCUUUCAAAUAAUUUCUACAGAGAUCAACAGUGAUGAACACAGGACUAAGGAUGUAGUGUUGACACAGCUCUGAAGAGGUGUGUCGUCUCUAUAACCUGCUGUUGUUUUUAAACCGAAGACUUUCGAGCCCAGAGGUGGAGCUCCACCAAGUAAACCAGUGGAGAAAACCGCCUUGGUACCCAGACUGUGCUAUCUAUUAUAUUUGGAGAAUGUUUAACCAACACUCGUGGCUUUUUUCAUAAUCAAUUUUUUUGGUUUUUCCAAAGGGAAUAUUAUAUAUAGGUAUUAUAUAAUAUGAUAUAAAUGUAUCUAACUAUAGCUUUCAGAAGAAAAGACAAUGUUGCAAAGAGGAAAUGUAAUAAAUUAAUCUUCGCCUGUUUUUGGUUUUUAGUAUAGAGGGCAGAGAGAAAUCUUUAAAUUUAUUCCACCAAUAGUUUAUUCAUUUCUACUAAUUAUAUACAUAUAUAUAAAUAUAUAUAUUUGAAAGAAAAAAAGUAUAUAGAUAUGGAAAUACAUUUUUUUGUCAUAGGUAUACAAUUUUCCUUAUGGUCACCCUAUCUUGAACCGUAGCAUGACGAGUUGCAUCAUGGUCUUGAUCAGAGAGUUUGUCGUUUGUUUUUCUUUUUCUUACAGUCUUCCUUCAUACUAAAGGGCAUCCCGUAAUGUGAGGCUGAGACCGCAGGUGACACCCAUCCCCACAGUCUCUUCAGCUACAGAUCUCAUCAGCGUCAACUGAUGAGACAGGGAGUUUAAAAAGGGGGGGGGGGGCUCUUUAUCUUAUGCCUGUUAAUCACUCAGGGAUGGAAGUUGGGUCACUAGCAUGAAGGUUGUUGCCUGUUUUAAAACCAUUAUUUCAAAUUCUUACCUUUAAGGACAUUUUAACACCACUACAGUCUGAUGUAGUUAGAAAGUUAUAAGGCUAGUAAAAAAAAAAAUUCCAUCCCUGCAACCCCUGGGGAUGCUCCUCAGACGGGGCUGCACAAGGUCUGAAAUCAGGUCAGGAAAAAGAAACACUGGGUUUUUCUCAUCAUCUGCAGAGAGGAAAUGGCCGUGAACGUACUGUAUGGCAAAUAUCUUUUUAAUAUUUCAUUUUCCUAGAUAAGGAAACCAGUUAAGUGUCUCACCCUGACAAAAUUCAGCUUAAAUGUAUUAUUUUCCUUCAAAUCUAACCAACAAAAACUUGCCACACAAGGGCUCAAAUGACCUGGACGUACAGAAUAUGUCUUUCUGAAAUGAGAUGACAGGAAAUGUGUCUGUAGCUCAUCAGGCCCUGGGGAUGGGAACACUUCUGUAAGGUCUUAAAGAAAAUUCAGUAUUUUUACAACCUGGCAGUGUCUUGCUACUUCGCUGCUUCUCUGUAUCUCUGCAAUUUACUAAGUGAGUAAAAUAUUAUCAUUAACAGCAGCAGCCAGAACUUUUAACAUAAGACCCAGGUUGUAAAUUUAAAAAAGGAAGGAACAAAAAAACUGAAUUUUUCUUUAACAAUAUAAAAUCUAUAAUUGUACUCAUGAGUAGCUUCUGCUGGCAGUGAGAAACAGUGAGUUUUAUUCACGACAACAACAAAAGCAUUUUCUCUAUUACCACAAAACCUCCAUACAUCAGCAGGACGCCACGGCACUUCUACUUGGCGAUGAGAUGUGUACAUUUUUCUUUUCUCUUUUUUUUUUUUUUUUUGUGCGAACAGUUUGUAAAAGCAGGUGGUGAAUAUAACGUGGUAUCUGGGUUGUAGGAAUAGCACUCACUGCCUCACUGUGACCUCACUGAUUAUUUUACUUCUGACUCGUGUUUCGUCCUCAAACUCAUUUGGACUUUUUUGUUAAGGGUUCUUUGAUUUUUUUUUGUGUGUUGAUUUGUUACCCUCAGACACUGGGGGUAAAUUUUGUAGCGUGUGAAACAUGAUACUUAAAUUUCUUCACUCAUUUGAAUUUUAGAGUGACAGAAAAAAACACUGAUAUCCUGUCCAUUCUAAACAUACUUACACUUGUAAAAAUGAACAAACUACAAAUGUUUCUUCUUUUUUUAAAAAAAGAUCACAAGCAAUGUAUAUAUGAUAGAUUUCAUAUAAAUUUUUGAAAAACAAAAAGUAUAUAGAUCUAUAUAUGAAUGUUUGGCAUAUAUGCAUAGUUAACCACCUGUGGAAAAGGUGAGCAGAUUUUAUUCUUUCUAUGAACUCUUGAACUUUUGAACUCUGAACUAUGAACUAGGGGAUGAUUUGCACAAAACAAGGUGACAAGGUGCUAACAUAAAAGCCACCCAUCGUUCAAGCGCAUGCGUGCAUCUGGAUUCCCUGAAUCUGUUUGUGUGUUUGUGGUCGCUCCUCCUCAGCGUGUUUACAGCUGUGUGUAUGUGUGCAAAUGCAUGUUCCCAUUUUGUGUGUAUUUGUGUGUGUGAGAGACGAUGAGGAUACACACAUGACAGUGAGAGAGUGUGUGGUUGAUCACUGAAGUUAGUCCACUAUAGCCUUACUGUGAUAUGAUCAGAGAUUCCUGGCAGUGGCUGUGUCACACAAACACACACAGACAAUAGGUACACACACAUACAGAAAAAUGCACACAUUCAUCUUCGCCUCCAGACUGAACAUAAUUGUUUUCUUGUUUUGUUCUGAGCGGCAUCUUCAAACAUGGACUGUCCUGCCCCAGAGGAAGGGAGAGGCAGAAAGAAAGGGAGAGGCAGAAAGAAAGGGAGCGCGAUCACCCCGGGGAAACUGACUGAAACCAUUGUUAACAUUUUCUACUGUAACUCACCUUGUGUGUGUAGCUGAAGCCUACGCGCAGUCACUGUUUUGUACACCCAUUCCCAGAUGGCAUUUGCGCUCCUUACCCUCCACUCUGGCUGGCAGCACUCCUUUUUCCUUUUUCAGACAUUGGGUUUCUGAGUUUUUUGGGGAUACACUAUAUGAGGUGAUCCAGUGAGGAGGAAACGACACAAAGAAAAAAAAUGUGCCAAAAAAUGAACUUUUAACUGUAUAUUUGUCUUUGCUUUAGGACUAUCUUAGUUACAGCAUUCUUGAGCUGUUAGACUCAAUAAUAUGGUGCCAUCUCCUGGAAAUCUUGAGAACUACAGACAUUUGUGAGAUCCUUCAGUAUUUCCUGCAGGUGGAAAUACAGUCAUUGUUAUUCUUUUGUGAAGAGGCAGGAUAUAUAUGUAUAUGAUGUACUUAUAUAUACACAUAUAUCCUGUGUAUAUCUACCUGUGAGCUUUGCAUCAACAUCGUUUCUAUUUAAAUUUUGAGACAAAGUAUCACAACGGCUUGAUUUUACUGUGAUGAUGAAGGUUAUUAUCCGGCUUGGCUUACUGUUCCCCUAUAAAUACAAACAACAGAUGAAGUGUGCAGGCUGGACUCACACGGGCUGAUGUGCUGAGGAGAAACAAAGCUGUAGUGAAUACCUGGUUGGGUUGUUGUGUAAGUUUACCAAAUUUACAGAUGCAAAAUGAUCAGCGUGUAACAGACGUACACAUCAUUAGGUCAAAUAAGUUCAGCGAGGGGUUUAUCUUUGUCUUAUUUUCUAAUCAACAAAGCACAAUCUACAUAGUGUAGGGGGAGCAGUUUUUAAAAACCCACUGGGCUCCGGUCUCUCACCGGAACCAGUGAUCUUAUCAUGAAAGGGGUUUUUUCUUUCAUUGUUGGUUUUCUCCUUGUUUGCACUGUGAAGUUUAGAAUGGUGGAUGUAUCGCUGCAACACCUCAGCCUUGUCUCACAGGUGUAACGUCCCCUUCUCGGCAUCUGAUGAGCAGGAAAAUCAUCAAACUAUUCUCCCAGCGAGUGAAGCAUACAGCAUUACUAAUACAAUUUUAAUAAAAAACCAAGUUGAACCACAAGCACGCAAGAAGCUACCUAGUAAUACUCUGAGAAAGGGUGACAGUGAAGUCUGAGGCAAGAUCUGAGAUGUUGCCCAGGAUAUCUCCAC